AUGAUGGUUAAUCCUGUAAUUAUAAUUGAAGAUCCUAUAAACUAUGAUUAUUCUGAUUUCAUAACUUCAAUAAAUCAUAAUUUUACAAAUUCAUCUCAAUUAGAUUUAUUAAUAACUGGAAAUAUAGUAGAUGCAUCCGAUUUAAAUGAAAUUUUAUUUAAAUAUUAUUCAUUAAUACGAAAAUUGAAUCCUAAUUAUCAAUUCAAAAUCAACAUAUUAUUUAAUUUAUUGGGUUACAAGAUCAAAGAAUUGAGUCUCAAUUGGAAUAAAGGGUACAUGGUCAACAAUGAAGCAGAUUUCAAGUUUCUUAAUUUAGAAAAUGCAAAUUAUAAAUUAAAAUCAGAACAUUUGAGUGACGUCCAUGAUUAUAAAACUUCAAUGCAUUUCAAUACUACUGCUUGUGGAGGAACAUUUGAUCAUUUACAUGAAGGUCAUAAAAUAUUAUUAUCCAUGUCCGUAUUCCUAACUCGUCAAGAUUUAAUUAUUGGUAUAACAGGUGCAGAACUACUCAAGAAUAAAAAGUUUAAAGAAGUAUUACAAUCAUUUGAUUAUAGGAGAGCUGAAGUCGCUAAAUUUAUUCAAUUAAUUAUUCCAAAAAUGGUUAGAUUUGAAAUUUAUGAAAUUAAUGAUAUUUGUGGUCCAACUGGUUACAUUAACGAUAUUGAUUCAUUGAUAGUCUCCCACGAAACUAAAUCUGGUGGUGAAUUUGUAAAUAGUUAUCGUAAAAAGUAUAGGUUUAAGCCAUUAGACAUUACUGAAAUCAAAGUCAUUGGUGACGAGAAUUCCAAUGAAAGUAAUAAAUGGGCAAAUAAAUUAAGCUCAACUGAUAUAAGAGAAGCAGAAUAUAAUAAAUUACAAAAUAUAGGACAAAUAUAG